GCGGUGAAGAAAUUGGACAACGUAUCAUCUCAAGGGGAGCGAGAGUUUCAAACAGAGAUGAAAAUUAUUGGUAGAACUCAUCAUCGAAAUUUACUUCGACUAAUCGGCUAUUGCCACGAAGGGGCUAAUAGGUUGUUGGUAUACGAGUACAUGGUCAAUGGAUCACUUGCAGAUGUACUCUUCACACCUGAAAAAAGACCUUGUUGGAAUGAAAGGGUGGAAAUUGCUCGCAACAUAGCAAGAGGUCUCCUCUAUCUUCACGAAGAGUGUGAGACUCAAAUAAUCCAUUGCGACAUCAAAUCUCAAAAUAUACUAAUGAAUGAACAGGGUCAAGCAAAAAUAUCUGAUUUCGGAUUGGCCAAGCUUCUAAAGCCAGACCAAACCAAAACCUUUACCGGGAUCAGAGGAACAAGGGGGUAUGUUGCACCAGAGUGGCACAGGAAACUACCAGUGACAGUCAAAGCAGAUGUUUACAGCUUUGGAAUUGUAGUGUUGGAGAUCAUAUGUUGUCGACGGUGUGUAAAUUGGAACCUUCCUGAGGAAGAAGCUGUCCUUGAAGAAUGGGUCUACCAUUGUUACCAAGCUGGCGAACUACGGAAACUAGUAGAGGAUGAUGAAGAGGUUGACGAUAGACAAUUGGAAAGGAUGGUGAGAGUGGGACUAUGGUGUAUCCUGGAUGAGCCAACACUCCGCCCUUCCCUGAAAAAGGUUCUGUUGAUGUUGGAAGGGACAGUUGAGAUCCCAGUACCUCCAAGCCCAACUUCAUUUUUCAGUGCUAUUUGA